AUGUCUUUCAAGGCGUUACGGCGCUCCCGCGAUGCCAAAGCAUCGGCGAUCUCGCCCCCAGUGUCGGCAAAUCCUCUUUUAUCACGUCCGCCAUCGGCAAAAACAUUCACUCCGAAGAAAGUUAUUCGCGCGAUCGAUUCUCGCAGAACAACAAAUCCACAAGAACUCUCCUUCAGUGCCGGGGAUUUUUUUUAUGUCGUAAGUGAGAUACAGCUGGUCAAUGGCGAGUGGUAUGAAGCCCACAACCCUGUCACCGGAUCGAGGGGUCUCGUCCCCGCAGCCGCAUUCGAGGAACUUUCCAAGCACCAUGGAGCAAGCAAUCCUCCAAGCCAGACGACAUUGUCCACUUCAGCCCCCUUCCCCCAGCCCCUUCAUUCUGUCCCGCCCAUUGGAGCACCGCCCAUCAAGAGAAAACACCAGACCUUCUAUGCUAUUGUCCAGUUUGACUUUGUCGCUGAGCGACAAGAUGAACUUGAUGCAAAAGCUGGUGAACCUAUCUCUGUUGUUGCACAAUCAAACCGCGAGUGGUUCGUGGCGAAACCUAUUGGCAGAUUGGGUGGUCCGGGGCUCAUACCAGCCGCGUUUGUUGAGUUACGGGACCCUGCCACAGGCCAACAAAUGUCGGAGGAAGAGGUAGCAAGUGUAAUGGACCGAGGGCUACUGCCUAGGGUUGACGAAUGGAAAAAAGCGACCAUGGAGUACAAAGCCAGUAGUAUACCUCUGGGCGUCAUCGAAACUACGCAGCCAGUACCCUACAGUCCCUAUGCCCCCAAUGGUUCAUUCGCCCAAGCUCAAUCGACCCAUAGCAAAGCCUCCUUAUCUCCCCCUGUAAGUGCACACUCACAACCACAUGCAGAGGCCCAGGCGCAAGAGGAAGAAAUUCUUCCACCCGGAAUACUUACCUCCGCCAGCAUUCCCUCAUUCCAUCGGGAAUCAGGAGAGUACUGGUUCCGACUCAAUGUUGAAUUCCAGCCUGAUCCAGUAAUGGAGUCUUCUCUUUACCCUCUGCCUUUGUCGAUGGUUCUUUAUCGAAACUACGAUGAUUUCUAUGCAUUCCAACUGGAGUUGUUGGAUACCUACCCUGUGGAAGCUGGGCGGAAGAAGCGGGAUCCAUAUGGCCCCCAACUGACUGAGGAUGAUCGAAUUCUUCCGUAUAUGCCUGGACCAGUUGGCCAUGUGGAUGAUGCUGUCACGGCUGGUCGACAACAUGACUUGGACAUUUACGUCCGCGAGCUAGUUCAGCUAGCUCUGCCACACAAUGGAGCAGAACACAUCUUACGCAGCGAACUGUUGAGACGGUUCCUCGCUCAGAAACCAGGCGAUAUCAUCUUUCCCUCUCCCAAACACUCAGGAAAUUCGGCGAAAACUGUGCAGUCAUCAGGAGACAUAUACCGGGGAGUGGAGAACCUGAAGUUGGAAGACGAGGGUUAUGCAGAAAAUCCAAGUCCAGACAGAGGCUCUCAUUAUUCUGAUGAUAGGGGUAAUGGGGAGGCUACCGAAAUGUACCCUAACUCCAAUGUGGUCACGCAACAUCGGAAUUCUUCUUCGUCUUAUGCACCGUCUCACAUCUCCCAUCCCCGCUCCGCUAUUCCUUCUCACGGACGAUCACCUACCGCUUCGUCGAUCGCACUCGACGGCCCAGGUGGACAGACAUUCCCUGCCUUCCUCAAAGUUAAGAUUUUCCACUCUUCGACGGAUGAUCUAAUCGCUAUACGCGUUUCUCCACGCGUUACAUAUCAGCAACUCCUCUCCAAGGUCAGAGAUAGGCUGGGUGCAGAUGUUACCGAGCUGAAAUACCGUAAUGAGCGUUCUGCAACCCGUGGUGAAAAGGGUCUGACCUCUAUUCACGGAGACAAUGAACUCAAGGAAUGGGUAGCAAGAAACUCAAAACUCGUGCUGUACGCAUCUUGA